AUGGACGAUCUUGACAAUUUGAUUUGGAGUUCCACUGGUGUAAAGCCUCCCCCCGUUCAACAGCAGCCGGCCUCUUUGAACUCCCUAAGAGCAACCACACCCUUAUCAACAGCCAUACCCUCGUUAUCGACAACCACAUCCUCGUUGUCCUCGACAACCUUACCCACCACCUCUUUCGGCAACAACACUAUAGCCCGUAGUCCUUCACCCAAUACAAUAAAUACAACCAACACAAAUUCUGCAUCGAGAACGAAGAACCAGAAUAAUCUUGGUUCACUUGGGAAUAUUCUAGGAAAUGUCCGAACUCCGCCUCAAAGAACGCAGACUCUAAACGAAUUAAAGACGCAAACUUCUCCCCAGCCAAAACCUGUGAACGCUGAUGAAUGGGAUCUAGACUUACUCCCAGGUCUUUCACCAAAUCCAACAACGAAUAUAUCACCAGCUCUCUCUGCUUCGCCGAGCGCCAAUCUCUUGCUUGAUUUAGAAUUCGAUGAUUUACCUAAACCAGUACAUACACCCAAUUCUCAACCUACUCGUCAACAAGUAGUAAAGCCGCAAGCAGUAGAUGACGAUUUUGAUCUCCUGCCUGGGCUUUCAUCGACUUCGACGACGCAUAAAACCGGAAAAACCCCACCGCCCAAACCCGCAAGAUCUACUGCAAGAGAAAAUAAAUCUCGUUCGGUAGAAAAGUCCUCAAAGGAACCAAACGAUCAUUUGAUUGCGCAGAUAGUAGAUAUGGGUUUCACUGUUACGGAAGCUCAGAAUGCAUUAGCUGCUACAGCUACCGGAGUAGAUGUAUCGUCAGCCGUGGAAAUUCUCGUGCAACAACGGGAGGCUGAAGCUGCUCUAGGGCGCGAAAACACCAAGGAAAGCUCAAAAUAUUCACAAAGGAAGGAAUUCUCAACAGACUAUGAUAGUGAGGAUGAUCCUGUGUUAGGACCACGGCCGGAUCGCCUCAAGAAUAGAAACUUGCACAUGACGAAAUCACGUUCACUUGGCAAAAAUAGCUCUGAUGGUGAGGGCAGUGACCUAUCUUCUUCUUCUUCCAUGUCAUCAUUUUCGAACGCUAAUUUUCAGCAACAGAAAGAGAAAUUACUAUCAACUGCAAGCGAAAUAGGAUUUAAUGCAUUCAGAAGGGCUAGUAAUUUUUAUAGGACAUCAAAGGAAAAAGUUAACAAAGCUAUAGGAGAAUUUCAACAGCAACAGCAACAAGAAGCGGACGAGGGUAACAGAAAACCGAAAUGGUUAAAAGACAAUGCAAUGCGUCGUGAUUCAGAUGGGCGGGAUGACGAGAACUAUUCAGCAUUCGGAAGCUUUCGAGACAGUGACGAUGAUGAUAGCAGCGAGGAUGAAACCCCGGGGUCACGAAGAUACAAGCCUGCUCGCGAAAAUUCAAAGUUCAAAGAUAGUAGUGACGACGAGAUACUGUCGGGGAGACGUGGAAAGCCUGUUAGGCAGCCGUCUGUACAAUCAAAACGUACACUUCAACCAAAACCCACAAAACCCACAAAACCCAGUUCGCUUUCCUCAGACAAAACUUAUGUAUCGCCGGCCCGACAUCGUACUCCUCAAACCACGUCUUCUACUCUAAAAGUGCCAUCACAGUCGUCUACACGCUCAAGAUCACCCUCUUCAGCCUUAUCGAAUAAACCCAAAUAUCCUCCACGGCCCGUUGUGCAUGCUACAUCAGAACAAUUAAAAACAUGUGAACGUCACAGGAACCAAGGAAACGAGCUUUUCAGACUGGGGCAAUUCGGGGCAGCCGAGCAAAGUUAUUCGAGAGCAAUCGAUUCACUACCAUCAAAUCAUUUACACGUAGUCAUAUCAUAUAACAAUAGAGCCGCAUCUCGGUUAAAGAACGGAGAUCAUCGCGGAUGUGUAGAGGACUGUAACCGUGUAAUGCAAUUAAUAGGAAAUGAUUAUGAUAAUCCGCCUCCGCCUGGAGUAGAUAUAAACCUCAAAGAGCAUUAUGCAAAAGCUUUGCUUCGUCGAGCGACCUCAUACGAAGCGAUGGAAAAGUACACUGAUGCUCGUGACGAUUAUGAGAAAUUACUCAAAUCUGAUAUGACCAACAGUAAGACAAUAAAUGAUGGCCUUCGACGUUGUCAGAAAGCUAUUAAAAUGUUCUCGGGCGAUAUAGACAAUGUUGGGAAACCCCCAUCGUCAUCCGGUAGCUCACUAUCACGUUCUCAAUUGCCCAAUUCUUCUCAAGCCGCUUUGACAGAUCUUUUUGCGCCUGUGAAUACUAGCAAUACUUUUGGUACGGAACUUAAUGCUUUUGGUUUCGUAGAGACUGGUAAUCCAUUCAGUACAAUGACCUCUUCGUCUAGUAACGUUGCAAUAGACGAUUCGAGUCCAGCUGUUCAAAAACUUCGACAUCAGAGACAACAAGAAGAACGCGAGGAUGCUGAGAAAUUCCGUGUAAUGGACAUUGUGGAUAGCAAGUUGGUGAUGUGGAAAGCUGGGAAAGAGGAUAAUUUAAGAGCAUUGCUUGGAAGUAUUGAUAUAGUAUUAUGGGAGGGGUUGGAAUGGAAGAAGAUUGGCUUGCAAGAAUUGGUUACGCCUGCACAGGUUAAAGUCAGGUAUAUGAAGGCUAUUGCUAAAGUUCAUCCAGACAAGCUGAGUUCAUCGACGACUGUUGAGCAGAGACUCAUUGCGAAUGGCGUGUUUGCUACAUUGAAUGAAGCAUGGGACACUUUCAAAGAACAAAACAAUCUUUGA